AUGGCGAAAAUUUACAAGGAGACGAAGGUCGACGUGCGACCUGUCGAAGCAAGCACGGGGGUUGACAUCCAAAUUCCUACUCACGAAAACACACAGCGGCGCGUACGGUUAGCUCUCUCUUCGAUUACAGCCCAAGACACAACUACAAUCAAAGAUGAGGAAGAUUUCGCGCGACGGUACUUGGCUACUCAAGGGUCUCUUUACUUUCGUCGCCGAAGAGUUUACCCGCGCACGUUCCUUUGGAGGGUGGUCAAUGAUAACAAGGUGCUGGAGAUUCAGUCAGUGGACAUAUCAAAGAGCGUUGUCGAUAACCAUGAAGCCAAUCUCGUACUUCGCCUCGACUUUCAGGAGACAAUUAUACCUUGUGGUGUAGCCCUGGCGGACACCGAAGACCACGAGGUGCUGAACGUCUUUGUUUUGACGACUUCCAAGCAACUGUAUACGUUGAGUCUUCGACCUGAGUUCUUCCGGCGUGUUUCAUCAAUAGAUGAGAAUAUUCAUGACUGGUGCAAAUCAUUCGUACCGUCGCCUUUGUCUUUCACCUAUCCUCAUCGCCUUCAUGCAAGCAGCACGACGGAACUAUUCAUCGCACUCGAGAACGGCGCCCUUCUGAGACUGACUCGACGGGCGGGAGAAGACGGAUCGCAUUGGUCGCAGAUUACCUUCGAUGAAAAGACAUGGGGAGCAUCACUUCGUGGGCUCGUGCCAUGGAGCGCCCAACAGUGGAUAACGUAUAAAGGACACAGCCUCGAUCCGAAUACCCCAAAUGCCAUAUUUACAACAUCAGACCAGACCUACGUCUUUGCGGUUUGUCUAAAUCAUACAUUGAAGGUUUGGAAUCUUGCAACGAAUAAAUUGGUUGGUUCAAAAGAUCUUUUAGAUCGUCCUAUCACCAAACAGCAGCAGGAGUCGACAGCAUAUUUCUUGAAUCCGGCAGACUCGACUUUCCUUCGGGUGUUUAAUGCUGAAAGGGCAUUAGAUGGAGGGUAUCGAUAUUACAUUGCCACAUAUACUCCCCAUGAAGAGGGGCGUUUUAAGUUCUGGGCUGUUAAAGGUGGCUUGACUGCUCCUUUGACAAUUGAAGAUCUUUUUUCCGAGGCUGUAUUCAGACCGCUGGAUCCUGACACGACUGGAAAUAUGUUCUGGAGCGUUGCUGACUUUCAAAUACGACCAAUGGAAGAAGGAAGGCGAAUGGAACUGUGGGUGCUGUGGCGCAAUAACGAUCUCUAUCAACUCUACACGCUACAUUUUGGCUUUGAGAGCUUAGAGGAAGACUGGUCUAAUAAUUGGACGUCGACAGCUUGGGAUACCCGGCGGAAUGAGCCAGCUCCUCAUUUGAUAUUAUCAGAUACUGUCGACCCCACGGAAAAAUGGUUAGAAUUCUUGUUUCACCCAGGACGCUACACAAGUGAGGUGUUGGAAACAGCUUUGGUUUCCUACCAGGAAGCUUUGAAACCACGUUCUUCCUUAGGUUUUCCCAAGCGAAAUGCGCCUUUGCAAGAGCGUCUAUGCUCGACACUUGCGGCAUCUAUAUCAUUGCGGAAAUACGCUGAUGAUGACAUGGAUUAUGCAAAGUAUCGAGCAGACACCGACCACAAGUGGCGUCAAUUCUGGCAAAUUGCUCAAGAAAUAAACAAUCGGAGACUCGAGCCAGUAUCGUUAGCGUAUGAUCUUUAUAAUGACCUUCCUUGGGUGGUUACUGCGGACACAUGUGCAUUGAUCAGGGAAUGCAGUGCCACUGAAUUGCUACUGCAUAACUCGGUGUCUGACUUAGAAAACGAGUUACCGAAAAUUGCUGAUCGCUGGAGACACCGCAAUUUUGAAACAGAGCUUGGGAAACAGUACCAAGAGGCCUGUUAUCUUGUCAAAGUUGCAACUGAUUUCAGGAAGCGGCUUUCUGCAACCACAAUACGGUCAUUUGAAAAAGCUUUGCACAGCGAAAUAUUCUUGGAGCCUUUGCUCUCUGCUACGGAACGCCUCGCAGCUUUUGUAGAUCGAUCAGAGCUCGGAGAACAGGUUUCAGAUGAUUCUUUCAAUGCCCUGUGCUCCUCUAUGAGUGAGAAACUAAACAUAUACAAACUGCGGAAAGAACCUUUUGAGAGUAUCUUGGAAACAUUACCUUCUGGUUUCACGGCCAAAGACUCGGAAUUGUUUUUCACGGCGUUUGGGGUGAGGACCAUGACAAACGGGUCUCAGGAAACAAUAUCUCAUAUCCGCCAAAUUUUACACGACCUUCUUAUUUUGGUUGUCUUUAUUGGGGGAGAAAUUAAUCAAGAGGAAGGCUCAACAUUCGAUGCGGCAGAACUGUUCCCACGACUUAUAAGUCUUAUCAAGGAGUCUGAACUAUUAUACUGGCUAAGCUCUAAUACUCGGAUAUCACCGAACCGAAGUCAGCAUGAUAAUGUCGAUAAGGAAAUCAAGUCGAACGAAAUUGGCGCUGUCAAAUCCAUACUCGAAGAUUUCUUCGUCGCCAACAUAAAACCUCGACCUAACGUCAACCUCGCUCAGAGCUUUAACUUGACCCAGAGUAUUAGGGAUGUACUCUCUUGGAUUGUUCGACCAGGAGGCGUAAUGUUGUCUAAUGUUCUGGUGCAUAUACAAUGCGAUUUGAUAGCGAAUGGGAAUAUCGAACUUGCCAGUGAAUUUCUACGCUUCCAGCCAAGUAAUGCUUGGUCUAGCUAUGUGAAAGGCCGGCUGUUCGUUGCCAAGUCGGAAUUUGAUACAGCAGCCCUAUACUUCCAAAAGGGUGCUUAUCUGCUUUCUUCUGGCCGGGCUCUUGGAGACCUGAGCGAAAUGUCAUCUGGUCUUCUUGACAUACUUGAUGCUGACAAUUUCAACAACGGUCUUCCAAAAUAUUUCCAGCAUAUACUAAGCGUUUUCGAGAAAGCUCGUUCAUUUUCCCACGUCUCGGAUUUUGCUUCCUUGGCAUUACAGGCUCUAGAGGUUGAAAACCAGAACUCCCCAAAUGACACAGAAUAUCAGAAUCUUCGGACCGAUAUUCUCUCUCGACUAUUCCACGCUUCGUUGAGGACUUGUCAGUUUGACAAAGCAUAUUCGGCACUUUCGCGCUACACUAACCUUACUUUACAAAAGUCUGCCCUUACCUCUCUCAUCACCGCUAUUGUUUCUUCUUAUGGACCUGGAUUAUCGGGCCUUGAGCAACUUCUUCACUUCCCCAUUGGCCUCACACCUAGUCUUUCGUCUCAUGUAGACGAGGCUCUUUUGUCUCUGGCAAGGAAACAGUCAUUCUUCAGUUCUUCUUUAGACCCUGUCGACCAAUGGCAGGAAACAAAUGAUACCCCGGACUAUCAUCGCAUAUUGUAUGCCUACCGUAUUGCGCGCAACGAUUUUCGCGGGGCUGCUGAGCUAGGCUAUCAGACAGUUCAGCGACUUCGACACGCACGAGAUGCUCCCUUGACGCAGUGGGCACUUCUUCGACGCGGCCAAAUUGAUGACGAUGAGUCUAAGCGAUUGGUAGAGGAGGAUGAUCUCGAGAGCAAGAAAAUUCGACACGAACUCUUGUCCUUGAUUAAUCUCCUGGCAUGUGUCGACAAGAAUGAGGCGUACAUUCUGGUGGACCUUUCUCCGCAUAUCUCCGAGUCCAUGUCGGCAUUUAAAGACACCAGUGGGUCAGGGAAACGCAACGACGACGAUGUAUUAAUGGAAGAUGCCACUCCGUCUCGCGACCCUUCGAGCCCCUCUGUUCGCCGACGUAGUAGCGGCUCUGUGUCCGGCGAUCAUACUCAACAAGUGCCAGGCUACAAACACCGGCCGAAUCCACACCGGGCCAUCGUGACUCUGGAGCAUCUCCGUCGCGAAUACCAGGGCGAGUUGGACCGUGUGAGUCGGAUUCAGCGAGGCGACUGGGAGUUUGGCGCUGUGGAUGGUGACGAGAUGGACGGUGGUCAUAUUGACAACAACUUACUGAUUAAUAUUUAA